UUUCCUUAGCCCGGAAGUUCAAAUGGGCGACAGUAGUAGGCGCAGCUAGCAAAUAUUAGCUAGCAAAGCUUGUACAGCUGAAAGAUAUGCAAUUGUCUGCACUUGAUGCAGAUAAGUUUGGAGACUAGUUGGGUAACUACAUCGUCAAAAGACAAGCCAUGAGUUCAAACAACGUCAGCCUGUCCAAAGCUGAGCUUGCAACGGCAAUCUCCUUGACUGCUGGAGUAACAGCUAUUGGCAUCCUACUCUUCCAAAAACUGUUCUCAAAGGGGAAAGGUGUAAAGCCUAAAGUGAACCAGGAACUGCAGAAGGACAAUCCCAAAGUGGUUCAUGCGUUUGACAUCGAAGAUCUUGGGGACAAAGCUGUAUACUGCAGGUGUUGGCGCUCUAAGAAGUUUCCAUACUGUGAUGGCGCCCACGCGAAACACAAUCAGGAGACGGGAGACAACGUUGGUCCCCUCAUCAUCAAGAGAAAGGAGGCCUGAACAUUCUUUCUGCUUCCAUGAGUAUCGCUGCUAACACAUGCACAAGUGCUUCUUGUUUCAAAUAGGGUGGCAGAAAUAGAUUUUACUGCACAUUACACCCCUGCUAGUCUCAAAUGUUAUCAGUCAGUAUCCAGUGUAAACAAAGAAAUCACCCUUGUGCAAUGUUGACAGGUUUGUGCAGAACAUUUAUUAUUCUUUGAUGAGUGGGAAAUAAGUCGCUAAAACGUCAGUACUGUAGUGAGGUCCACAAG